UAUUUUGAUAUAUAAACGAGGCGGAUCAGGUAUAGUUUCCACAGUUCAGCUUAGAAAGAAAAAUUCGCUGUCGUUGUUCCGGUCGUAUUGCUCCUAAACUCAAGAAAACUAUUUCUCGCUAAUAUUUCCUAUUUUCAGUGAAGAAAUAAAUUUUAUUUGGUUUUACAAUGGAAAAACUCGCUGUCGUUUUCAUCCUGAUUAUUGGAGUUCUUGCUUAUCAAACAAGCGCAAAGACUGUAUCGGAUUCGGAACCAGCCAAGAACGAAACAAAAUCGAUCAUGGGAAGGGAUUCUCUGGACAACCUCGCUCCGAAGGCCGAUUACUGCAAGGUGUCUCAAGGACACACGGCUUGCAAAUUCACGAAGCCGAACGAGCUCGGUGCUUGCCAAAAAGUGAACAAACGAGAGCUGACACCGACUGAGAAGAGCAAAAUCGUGGAUGCGCACAAUGCCAAGCGCAGGCUGGUCGCCAAGGGGAAUCAGAGCCCGCAACCCGAGGCUGCUGACAUGGCCAAGCUCGUUUGGAACGACGAGGCGGCUGCGAUAGCCCAACUCUGGGUGGACCAGUGCACCUUCAACCACGACCAGGAACGUUCUACUGUGAAGACCGGAAAAUCGAUCACUAAUGGACAGAAUUUGUACAUGGGAAUGGGACCAGGCGACCUCGACAUAGAUGACGCCAUCAACGCCUGGUUUGAAGAAGUGAAGUCGUUUUCGCCGUCAAGUGUUACGAAUUUCCAAUUCAGCAUGAGCACGGGUCAUUAUUCUCAGCUGGUUUGGGCCAAGACCACGAGCAUCGGAUGCGGUUUCGUCAACUACGGCAACGAUCAAAAAAUAUUUGCGUGCAACUACGGACCAGCCGGAAAUUUCAUGGGUCAGCCUGUUUACAAAACCGGGAAAGCCUGUUCAGCGUGUCCGAGUGACAUGUCCAAAUGUGACGACGGUCUUUGCACUAAAUGACCUCGUUCGCGAGUGAUGACCCGAGCCCGUUGAAAAGUUACCGAGUGUUUCAAAAAGUAUUCUAGUUUGCAUGUGACAGCACCUCACCGAGAAUCAGCAAAAUGUAUUCGUUUUGGCACCAGUUAUAAAGAUAUCAAUCCUUUCGCAACAUGAAACCUGCUCUCUUGUCUUCCCACCGGAAACUCAACUCUUAUGGAAGGCGACAAAUGCUUCCUAGAAGUAUGCAUUGCUCUGUUCACGGUGUCCUGCAAAUGAAUUGGCUUAAAUAUCAAAGUUCA